ACGUCAACAAAAGAAUGUCGCUUGAAGGUCUUGUGGAGCUCAAGUGAAGGACUCCCUUUCUUCCUUACCACUGGAGAGACUCGCGAAGGCUGGUGGAAAGAGAAAUCGGACGUUUCGAGGUCGACCGAGCGACGAGAAGACGCGGCAGCGUUGUCUUUUCGUCUCCCUUUCCUUUUCAGUGAAUUCAACAGCCACGUUUUCAGCGUAGGCUUGCGAUCUGUCUUUCGGCGCUGCGGUCCUUUUCCGUCCGAGUCUAAACCCACUGGUUUGCGUUUCGGCGAGGAUCGGGGAGAGGUUCCCUCGUCUGCUGCUGUGUUCGUGGAGCUUUGAGGAGUACCAACACUCUCCUUGCUAGCUGAAGAUUCUUCCCUUGAGGCUCUAAGCCGUCCCGCCCAGUGGCUGCCGUAUAUCGUCGGCAUUUAUGUUUUGAGCCACGCCCCCACAUACCGCCCCUUCUUGUAUCGCCUGCUACACCCCACCCUAAUGGCUUCAAAUCUUCUCGCUCGGUUGACUGGGUCCUCUACGAAGUACGAGCCAUUGCCAAGAAUAUGUCCCCUCUCAGAACGUGUAGGUAGCAAGUGGUAGUGCAGGGAGGA